AUGGAAGAGUCUGAUUCUAGACACGAACGGUUUUUACCGGCUCCUCUCGCAGCAAAAUAUCGUGACCCAAAGGAAAUCGGAAAUCAACCGUGUGCAUAUAGUGCAAAUGGAAAUUGUCCUAAUCUUUCUCUUCAACAUAUUGCUAUAUUUCAUGCAUAUGAUUUCAUGCCUCAACAUCGAUACGAUAACGGAAUACAUACAACUUAUUUUGGGUUUCAUCAAACGAGUCCAGAAGCCGCUGUAUGCAUUGCUCGAGAAGGUUUCAGAAUGAGUACCACAGGUCGUCUAAUGUUGGGUCAUGGUGUUUACUUCGCUCGUUCAUUCGCAGGCACCGAGGGAAAGGCUCGCCAUAAGGGAGCAUUGAUUUGUGCCGAAGUUCGCAUGGGAAAUGUAUUGCCAGUUGUUUACGAUACCUUGCAUACCGUAUCGAAUUCUGAUGCAUGGCAUCAGACUCAUGAUACUGUGUAUUAUUAUCAUCGACAAGAACAUCUCGACGAAUUCUGUGUCAAAGAUCCAAAUCAAGUACUAAAAUGGAUUAUGAUUAUGGACGAUGACAAUGUAAGACGUUAUGGACUUCAUCAAGCAUUUCAGAAUACUUUAUUUGGAUGUAUUUAA